GGUGCCGGGGCUCUGCCCGCCCCUUCCCGUCCCUUCCCGGCGGGGCCGGCCGCGUGUGCGGGCGCCGGGACGGGCCGGAGGGGAAGGGGCGCAGCGGAGAGGUGAGCGUGGCAGGCUAUGGGAUGGAUGAAGCUGAGCAGGACCAGUAUGAAGCUCGUCUCAAGGAGCUCUUUGACAGCUUUGACAGCACAGGCACGGGGUCCCUGGGGCAGGAGGAGCUCACUGACCUCUGCCACAUGCUGCACCUGGAGGAGGUGGCCCCGGCACUGCAGCAGACCCUCCUCCAAGGAAACCUCCUAGGCAGGGUCCACUUUGAUCAGUUUAAAGAAGCACUUAUCCUCAUCUUAUCCAGAACCCUGUCAAAUGAAGAGCACUUCCAAGAACCAGAUUCCUCCCCAGAAGCACAGCCCAAGUACAUCAAAGGUGGCAAACGCUACGGGCGCCGCUCCCUGCCGGAGUUCCAGGAGUCGGUGGAGGACUUUGCCGAGGUGACGGUGAUCGAGCCGCUGGGCGAGGAAGCACAUCCUGCACACAUCGCUGCCAGCCAGGAGCACUGGAAGACGCGAGGCAGCGAGGAGUACGAGGCCGAGGGGCAGCUGCGCUUCUGGAACCCGGACGACCUGAACGCCUCCCCUGGUGCCUCACCGAGCCCAGACUGGAUCGAGGAGAAACUUCAGGAGGUGUGUGAGCACCUGGGGAUCACCAGGGAUGGCCACCUGAACAGAAAGAAGCUGGUUUCCAUCUGUGAGCAGUACGGGCUGCACGCGGCGGCCGGGGAGGUGCUUGAAGAGGUGCUCCAUAACCUGGAGCAAGAUGGGACCAUGAGCAUAGAGGAUUUCUUUUAUGGCCUGUUGAGAAAUGGGAAAUCUCUCACACCUUCAGCAUCUACUCCGUACCGGCAGCUGAAGCGGCACCUCUCCAUGCAGUCCUUCGACGAGAGCGGGAGGCGCACGACCACCCCCUCGGCCAUGCCCAGCACCUUCGGCUUCUCCCUCUUCUCCAGCCUGGACGAUGGGAUGGGCUACGGCUGCGUGGAGGGGGUGCUGGACUGCUGGCACCAGGAGGGCAUCGAGAACAGCCAGGACAUCCUGAAGGCUCUGGACUUCAGCUUGGAUGGGAAGGUGAACCUGACGGAGCUGACGCUGGCGCUGGAGAACGAGCUCCUCAUCACCAAGAAUGGGGUGCACCAGGCAGCCCUGGCCAGCUUCAAAACGGAGAUCAGGCACUUGAUGGAGAGGUUUGACCAAGUGGCCAGGGAGAAGGAGAAGCUGAGGUCAGACCUGGAGAAAGCAGAGAAGCUGAAAUCCCUGAUGGCCUCGGAAGUGGACGAUCACCACGCCGCCAUCGAGCGCCGCAACGAGUACAACCUCAGGAAGCUGGAUGAGGAGUACAAGGAGCGAAUCGCCGCGCUGAAGAACGAGCUGCGCAGGGAACGGGAGCAAAUCCUGCAGCAGGCCAACAAACAGAGGCUGGAGCUGGAGCAGGAGAUGGAAAAGCUGAAAACAGAUGAGAACUACAUCAGGGACCGCCUGGCCCUGGCCCUGAAGGAAAACACCCGCCUGGAAAACGAGCUCUUGGAAACCGGAGAAAAACUGGCCGAGUGUGAAAGUCUGGCAGGCAAACUGCAGAGGAACUUGGAAAAUGUCCUGGCUGAGAAGUUUGGUGACCUGGAUCCCACCAGUGCCGAGUUUUUCCUGCAGGAGGAGAGGCUGGCCCAGAUGAGGAGCGAGUAUGAGCAGCAGUGCAGGGAGCUGCAGGAUCAGAUAGAUGAGCUGCACUCAGAGCUGCAGCAGUACCGUGCCCAAGGCAAAGUGCUCAGGCCUUCCCUGAAAAAUUCCUUGUCGGAGGAGUUUGACAUUGUCACAAAGACUCACAGCAACAGCGGGAUUGAGCCUGACCAAGGACUUGGUUCAGAAGACUGCAACCCACUAAAUAUGAGCAUAGAGGCAGAAAUGGCCAUUGAGCAGAUGAAGGAGCAACACCACAGGGAUCUGCAUCACCUCAAACAGGAGCUUGAAGACACAGUGAGCCACUAUGAAAAGCAGCUGGAUGAGACAAAAGCUCGCUGGGAAAAGGAUCAGGAGGAUAUGAGGCAGAAGUAUGCUGAGGAGAUGAAUGUCAUGGAAAAACAGAUCACUGGCCUUAAAAAUCAAAUAGCAGAGCUGCAGGGAGAGGCAGCAGCGCUCAGAGAGCAGCAGGAAAAGCUCGACUGUAAAUACGACGAGGAGAAAAACAAAUUACAGAUGCAUUUCGAUGAGGAGAAAGCCAAUCUGCAGGAGCUGUUGAGGCAGGAGCAUGAGGAGGAUGUCAGGGCCAGACUGGAGCAGGUGAAUGAGAAGUUCAGGCAGGAGCGGGAGGAGCUGAUCCAGAAGAGUGUCUGGGUGGAGGAGAAGAUGAGAGCUGUGGUGCAGACGCUGCAGGAGGAGAAGGGGGAGCUGGAACGUGGCUUCCAUGAGCAGGUGAAGAGGCUGGCAGAGGUGCACGCCCUGGAGAAGGAGGAGCUCCAGGAAGAGCUGCUGAGGAAGCACGAGCAGGAGCUGGAGGAGGAAAGGAAAAAAAUGGCAAGUGACUAUAAGAGAAGAGCAUCUCAUGCACAAACUCAGUUUUCUGUGGACACACAAACACUUGUGAAUAAAUAUGAAGAAACCCUGCAGAGUCUGGAAGGACGUUACCAGCGAGAGCUGCAGGAACUCGCUGAGCAGCAAAGAGAGGAGAAAUCCCAGUGGGAGUUUGAAAGGGAUGAAAUUGCUCAGGAGGUGGCUGAAGCCCACGAGCAGCUGAAGGAAAGCUUGGCAAGCGAGAAGGCUGUUUCUUCUGCCCUGAGCCGGGAGAAGGAUCUCCUGGAGAAAAAUUUCAAGGAAGAAGUGAACAAGCUGGUGUGUGAGAGGGAGCAGCUGGAGAAGGAGCUGCGAGAGCUGAGGAGUGCUGCCCAGGAGCAGGAGGAAAAGAUGAAUGAGAAAAUAAGCCAGCUCCAAAGUGACCAUGAAAAGGAGCUAAAGGAGAAAGAUGAACACAGAUCUGCAGUGGAGCAAAAUGGGAAACUGGUUAGGGAAAAGCUGGAGAGACUGGACAGUGAGUAUAAGCGAGAGAAAGAAGAGCUCAAUUCCAAACUUCUUGCUUUGGAGAGUUUAAACAGAGACAUUUGUGAAAGAGCAGAGACAGAAAAGGCUGAGAUGGGUUUGGAAAUCUCAGACCUCCGAGGGAAAAUACGGAAAUUGCAGUGGGAAACGCGGAGUUUUUCUGCCCUGCAGAGCCAUUACAGGGUGCUGGAGAGUGAGUAUGCAAAAGCCAAGAGCCAGAUCGCUGCUUUUCCUGGUGCAGCUCCUCUGGGAGAUGAUGGGGAUGUUCUCCAAAACCUGCAGAAGGUGCACGAGCAGGCGGUGAAGGAGAACGUCAGGAUGGCUGCCCAGAUCCUGAGGCUGCGGCACCGGCUGGAAGCGGCAGAGCGGGAGCUUCCGCAGCCUCCCAGCCCCAGCUGCUCCCACCCUGGCUCAGAACCAGAGGAAAUAGAUCCCAGUUUUGAAGGGCUGCCCAGUGAUUGUCAAGAUGUAGCUUUGGGGGCAGAUUUCAAUGUCCUUCCACCUCUGGAGGCUGAUGCUACAGACGUGGAAGAGAUGUCGGAGAUGGAUUGGGAUUUGGAGGAGGGAUGUGUGAAAUCCAGAGCUGGCGGCCGCCCUGAGGCACAGGAGUGUUGGAUCCAGGCAAGUCAAGCAGCUCUGGAUGCUGAUGACAACCAGGAUUGUGACCAGAACCUUUCUUGGGUGCCUCUGCCGCCAAAAAAGAGAGAUCUGGAGGAAGUUCCCAGGCCAAAAACGCUGCCCAACGAUGUCAAACAGCAGAAGGUUCAUCUGCUAAAUCACAGAAUAGCUCCCAAAAAUAAAGGGUUUGUUUCUGAUGCUUUGAAGAUGCAGGUGGAGCUGGAGAGGGCUGAAGAAACGAGUGAGGCCUCUCUGCUGCUGGAUCACUCUCCUGGGGCAGCAAAUGGUGACCUGAAGAGCGUAAUUGCUCAGCUUUGGAAAAGGAUGGAAGAGCUGGAAGACAGGUCCAUGGCACAGGCUGAACUUCUGUUGCUGCAAGAAGAAAUCCAGGUAGAAAAUGAGGAUCUGAAAGCUGAAGUGAUGCAGUUAAUUGAGAAAAAUGAAGUGCUGGAAGACAACCUGCGUAGGCUGAGAAGGCUUCGUUGCGAGCAAGAAGAGAGUGAGGUGGAAAGCGUAAAGUUCGAAGAGGAAAACGCCAAAUUUCUCGUGGAAGUUAAAGAAUUGGAAGAUGUUAAAGAGUUGGAAGAUGUUAAAGAGUUGGAAGAUGUUAAAGAGUUGGAAGAUGUUAAAGAGUUGGAAGAUGUUAAAGAAUUGGAAGAUGUCCAAGAACAAGACACUCAAGGAAACGUGGAUGUGCCCACCACGAGAGGUGGGAAGCUGGAAGAGCGUCCCACUGCAUCGACGGGCCAGCGGGACAAGAAUUCCCAAAGCCGCCGCGCCACGGGAAGAGCGGGAAUGGGGGAACCCAAGCCCCAGGUGCAGGAGGAAGCUCUGGGUGAUGCAGAGGAGAGGAAGGCAGUGACACAGGGCUUGCAGAGCACGUGCACCGAGCUGCAGCACAAGGUUGACCUGCUGAGGUGCGAGGCCGAGAAGCUCCGCGAGGAAAACGCCGUCCUGAAAAACGAAGUGACUUUAUUAAAUGAGGAAGGGAGCGCUUCCAGCCUGAAACUGCAGGAGCUGAAUGGAUCCAGGGAAGAGAUGAGGCAGAAGAUAGAGGCUGUGAGAAAAGAGAAAGUGGCUGUGCAGAAAAUGGUUGACAACCUGAAAAAGCAGGUGGCAGAUCUGAAGACCAGGAACCAACAGCUGGACUCUGAAAAUACAGAACUCAGCCAGAGGAACUCCAAAAACCAAGCAGAUGUGCAGGAUCUCAAUCAACAGCUGGCCAGGGUGCUCAAGCAAAAGGAAAGGGAAGAGGGGAAGUGUACCCUGGAAGAGUGGGAAAAGGAGAGGCUGCUGCUGAAAGAGGAACUGGAAAACUCCAAAAUAGAGUCGUCAAAUAUGGUGUCGUCUUUGGAGGUGGAGGUGUCAAAAAUGAAGGUUCAAGCUCAUCUACUGGAGCAGGAGAACCACAUCCUCAAGCAGGAGCUGGAGAAGACAAAACAGCUGCCCAGAUGUCCUGAUCUCGCUGACCUUCAAAAUGAAGUUUCAAGUUUAAUCACUAAAAAUGAAAAGCUGCAGAAAGAGAAAGAAGCCCUGAGUGAGGAGCUGAACAGAUGUAUUGAUAAGGUAGCUCAGGUCAGCUGCUUGGAGAGUGCCAUCAGCAGCUUGGAGCAGGAGCAGAAAUCCUGGGAGCAGCAGAGCCAGGCACUGAAAGCACAGCUCAGCCUCUCCCAGGACAAGGUUCAGAGCCUCAGUGAAACUCUGCAGAGCACCAACCUCCAAAUGUCCCGGCUGAAAUCCGACCUGCAGGUGACGCAGCAGGAGAAGGAAACUCUGAAACAAGAAGUGAUGGCAUUGCACAAACAGCUGCAGAGCACCAGUGAAAAGAACCGGGUUCUGGAAGUGGCUGUGCCUCCCUCAGGGCUGCAGGACCAGCGGGGGCCGAUCCACUGGGAUGAGCUGGAGCAGCCGGCGGAGCAGGAGCAGAGGCUGCUCAGGCAGGAGAACGAGAGGCUGCAGAGGGAAGUGCAGAGCACUAAAACAGACCUGGCUCACUCCAGGGAAAAGAUCCGACAGCUGGAAUCCACAAUCCUUUCCCUAAAACACCAAAAGCAUCAAAGCCAGUCAGGGAUUGUCAAAGCCAUAGAGCAGGAGAAGCUGAGCUUGAAGAGAGAGUGUGAACAGCUCCAGAAGGAGCUGUCAUCUGCAAACAGAAAGAUCAGUCAGAUGAAUUCUCUUGAACGUGAACUGGAAACCAGCUCUGAAAAUGAAGGGCUGAGAAAAAAGCAAGUCAAGCUGGAUGAUCAGUUAAUGGAGAUGCUCCAGUCCGGGGGGAUGCGUAGCCAGAGCUCCCAGCUGCCAGGCUGUGCCACGGUGCCCAGGGAACAAUUCCUGCAGCUCCAACAGCAGCUGCUGCAGGCAGAGAGGAGGAGUCAGCACCUCCAGGAAGAGCUCCAGAGCAGACCCUCGGCAACAAACAUGCAGCAGGGGGGUCAUGAGCAGCUUCUAAAAAUGAUGGAAGAGCGGAUGAUGGACGUGGAGCAGAAGUUAAGGCUUGUGAAGAGGCUUCUCCAAGAUAAAGUAAAUCAGCUGAAAGAACAACUUUCCAAGAACACCAAGGCAGACGCGAUGGUCAAGGAUCUCUACGUGGAGAACGCGCAGCUGCUGAAGGCCCUGGAGGUGACGGAGCAGCGGCAGAAAACUGCAGAGAGGAAAAAUUAUUUACUGGAAGAGAAAAUUGCCAACCUCAACAGGAUAGUGAAGAACUUGGCUUCCCCCUCCUUCAGCCCAGCAGCGGAGAUCAGGUCAUAGCAAAGCUGGUCUGUGUCACAGCCCCCUGCACUUUACUGAAAUGGGAAUAUUUCAGCUUCUCACUGCGUUGCCUUUUUUUUUUUUUACUGAAUGAGUUUUAGUUACAAAUGCCUCCCCAGAGAGCUGAUUCCCAAACUGGACACUGCCAAAGGAGAAUUUUGUUGGUUCCCAAACUGCUAAAAUUAAUCAUCAUUAUGUAAAAAAAGCCAAACUUAUAUUUUUCUAGGUUAAUUUAUUUCGAUGCCUUGUGUUUCAUUUAAAAUCCAAAUUCUGAAUUUCCUGUACUGGAUCAUCUAGAUUGAAGCAAACUCAGAUUUAACAAUAUUUUCAGCUUUCUGAAAUACUUCAUGCUCCAAACCUAGAAAAUGCUGAUGGGUCAGUCUUCAACACUGUCAGCAGAAAUGUUAUUGAAGGCAAGACUUUGCUGCUAUGGGCUGUGUCCUGUAAACUGAUUCUGGUUUCUCUAAAGCAAUUAUUCAUUAGGCUUCAGGGUUGUUCUUCAUGGCUGUUUCUCUGCAGAGCUCAGAAAAAAAAAAAAAAGAGGCUUAUUUAAAAUACAGAAUUAGACUACUGCCUCCAACUAAGUGUGAUCUUUUAUCUGAAGAAAUUUCCCAGCUAGCAAAUAAAAACUAUUAUUUCCUUUUUCUUUUUUUUUUUUUUUGUAAGCUGUGCUGCCAGACAAGUCUGAAUUGCAGAGGCCUUUCUGGUUUUGUAUAUGGAAAUAAGUUAAAGCAAGGAAGAGUCACUCAACAGAGGCAAAGCUGGGAGUUUUGUUUAUGUGAUCUGUGAAUUCAGUAAAGCAGUGCAGUGUAUUUAUUAAACAGCUGGCAGAAGAAUGAAGAGGGGCACUUGGAUGAUUUUGUCAGUGAGAUCCUGUUGUUGGAACCCUCAGGAAAAUGGAGCUUUGCCAGGAAGGCAGCAUUUGUUCUGACCUGGGGAAUCAUUUGGAAAAGUCUUUGUCUUUUGUGUUAAUCCUAGAGCAGAAUCUAAGUCGUCAGUAGUCGUGAAGAAACGCAUUCAGUGUAAUCAUGAAGAACUCAGGGAAUAACAGCCUAAAUCAGCUUCUCCAGCUAUAAAUGUUGGUAUUAAUGUCACCAGAGGGAGACAAACACACCUUAGGGAAAGCAGGAUAAAGCAAAUUGGAUUUGGGUGAGUAUUUCCUUGGUGCUCCUUACCCAACAUGCAGAGGAGCAUCAAGGUUUGGGAUGAGAGAGGUGGUACCUCUGCCUGGAUCAGUGGAGAAAUGCAGAUUUUUUGGGAACAGAGAAGACAGAGAAGCAGCUGGAUGAGAGCCUGCCUGCUGAAGGGUGUGGAAUGUUUGAAACUGGACCUCUUUAAAUGCACGUGACUGAGGAAGGGGAGGAAGAGGGGUUUUGUCUCAGAGACUCCUGGCAAGCUGAUCAUUCUGCCAUGAGCCAAAAGUCCUCCAGAAAUUGGGAUAACAUUGCCUGCAAUGUGGAGGAACCUCUGGAAAAUGAGUUUUACUGUGUAGUGAUGUGGCUGAGAGGAUGUUCCCUGUGUCUCUGGGGUUGCUUACCAGUUUUGGAGGGUUUGUGGUCUGAACUAGACACAGGGUGUGACCUUUUCCCCCUCCUUUUCCCCCUCCUUUUCCCCCUCC